AUGUCCCCAUAUGCUCUGGUCUUCGGAAAAGCUUGUCAUCUGCCUCUCGAGUUGGAACACAAGGCAAUGUGGGCAAGCAAAAAGCUUAACUUUGAUCUAGCAAGCACGAGGAAAGUCCGAAAGUUGCAAUUGAACCAGUUGGUCGACUGGCGAAUGAACGCCUACGAAAAUGCCAAGCUCUAUAAGGAGAGAACCAAGAAAUGGAAUGAUGACCGCAUAAGCAAUCGAACAUUCUUCGAGGGUCAACAGGCACUUCUGUUUAACGCACGCUUACGAUUAUUUCCAAGGAAAUUCAAGUCCCACUGGUCUGGCCAUUCCGCAUCGAGACUAUCUUUUCCCAUGGCGUAG